AUGGACCUUUUCCGGGUCAGGCUGAAUUGCAUCGAUCACUAUCAGGCAACCCCGACGCGUUAUGAUCCGCAGCUGCGCAACGAUGUCCGCCCGUUCAACAUCUCCAAGCAGCCAAAGGUCCCCGUCAUCAGGGUCUUUGGCUCGACCGAGACCGGCCAAAAGGUCUGCGCGCACAUCCACGGCGCAUUCCCCUACCUCUACAUCGAGUACGAUGGCCAUUUGGCACAAGACUCCGUCGGCGCAUACAUCUACCGCCUGCACCUCGCCAUCGACCAAGCCCUCGCCGUGAGCUACCGCCGCGAUCAGUUCGAUAACAAUGCGCGAUACGUGGCCAGGAUUACCCUCGUCAAGGGCGUGCCGUUUUACGGCUUCCACGUCGGGUACAAAUUCUAUCUCAAGAUCUACAUGUUCAACCCCGUCGUCAUGACCAGGUUGACCGACCUCCUCCAGCAGGGUGCCAUCAUGAAGCGGCCCUUUCAACCUUACGAAGCCCACCUCCAGUACCUACUCCAAUUCAUGACCGACUAUAACCUCUACGGCUGCGAGUUCAUCGACGCAUCGAAUACCAAGUUCCGCGCCCCCGUCCCAGACCCAAUUGGCGACUUUCCCUCGUCGCACCUGUGGCAUAGCCAAUCCGUCCCGAGCCAAAAUGUUACAAACGAGUCCGAGCUGCCGCGCGUGAGCCAUUGCUCCAUCGAAGUCGAUAUAUGCGUCCAAGACAUUACAAACCGCCAGAGGGUCGAUGAGAGGCAACUACACCAUGAUUUCGUCGAACGUAAACACCCCAUAGACCCUGAUCAGAAGCUGGUCUUCAGCAUGGCUGGUCUAUGGAGGGACGAAGUCAAGCGCAGAAAGGGGCGGAUGGCCCCCUCCUCGGAGCCGGGAACCAGCCCUCUGCCCUACGAGACUCUCGUUUCAAUGUCAGCGGAAUCUCGCGCGUCGCAACCCGACCCGUGGCUCCAAGAAACAGAACUCCGUGAGGCCAUCCACGAGCUGGUUGGCGAAGAGCUGGAUUCGAAUUGCAAGCCUCUGGAGUUUGAUUCCUUUGUGACCAAGUCCCCAUUUGAGGAUUCCGUCAAGACAGCUCUGCAAUCCGUCGAGGACCUCCACCCCGAAGUACUUUUGCCAGCUCUGGGCCUUGCCCCCGAGCCAAAGACUGCCCAGCAAGAUCAGCAGCCGGGCAAGCCAAGCGAGAAAGACGAGCAAGACGAAUUCAACUUUCCAUACGACUCGGACGAAGACGUAUUCCAGGCGAUAUUCGAACGAGAGCAGGCCAAGGCUAAGGGCCUAUCUGCUCACAAUACCGAUACAAUGGGUGAGGAGGAUGCUGGCCAUGUUUCAGAAGAGUUGUUUGUUCCCCAGGAACCUCCGCCUUCUGCUCAGCCUGUGACGAACCCGGAUGGAUCUUUCAACUUGACCGACUUUGAUGAUUGGACGCCAAUCUCUCUACCCCCCUCUCAAGAAGCAUCUCGGAAGUCUCAAGAAGCGUCUCAGAGAGCAUCCCAAUCGCGGAAACGGCCCUUGGUAGACUCGUCUCCAAUCUCACAUACGAAGCGGGUAAAACUUGGAUCGCUAGCGGAGAGCAGCGCAUUCCACAACGAGCCACCGCCAGGGGGUCAACCCCAGCUCAAUAGCUCGCAACUCUGGCCGUCAUCAAGUCCCGCUGGCUCACAAGGAACCCGGCCAUCGUUCAUGUCGAGGAUUCAGGGCAGUGCCGAACAGACAAUCAACUUCCCCAUUGUAAAGAACGUCUCCCAUUCUCGAGCGAAGCCCGGCCUUCAUCUUCCGAACCAGCCAAGCCGCGGGUCGGUGCCUGAGCUAUCGCAAUGGGAUGCGCCCGAGCCGUCCAGUCCCAGUUCUGAAGCUUCCUUUGAUCAGGGGCUCUCGACACCCCGCGCCGCGAUUCUCUCGUCUCAGGAUGAUUCUCCACAAGAUGAUGUCUCGCUGGACGAUGCUUCUCUGGAUGGUAAUUUUCUGGUUGAUGGUUCUCUGAACGUUGGCUCUCUGGACGAUAAUUCUCUGGAUGAUGGUUCUCUAAACGUUGGUUCUCUGGACGAUAAUUCUCUGGAUGAUGGUUCUCUGGACAAUGGUUCCCUGGUCGAUGCUUCUCUGGAUGAUGCUUCGCUGGACGAUGCUUCUGAGGAGAUGUCUUCCCAGGAUGACGAUUCUCAGGAAGAAGAUUCUCAAGACGAUAAUUCUCAAGACGAAGAUUCUCAAGACGAUAAUUCUCAGGAUGGUGAUCCCCAGGAUGAUUCCUUCCAGGAGGGCUUGGACGAGUUCUAUGACGAGCUGGAUAGUGACCAAGACCUCUUGUUAGACCUCUCGUUGGACCUCUCCUUUGACCAAGGCCUCUCGACACCCCGUCCAGUACUUUCGUCUUCUGAAGAUGACUUGGAACGCUUUUGUGAAGAGCUAGAUGGUGAUGACCCAACGACGCAAACCCUCGUGUAUGGGAUCCCUCCACCAGGUCCCAGUGAACCCUUGUCGUCUCAGCAGGAAGAUGAUGUACCGACGGUAAUCUACCAGGAACCAUUUUACAGCAAGGAGAAGGAUGUUCCUACGAGAAUGCGAGAGUAUGCUGGUCGGGAAUUCCGUCUACGAGGCAACACCUUGCCCUACCUGCCUGACUUUGAUCCCACAGGCGGCGUUUCCUCCACCACUCGUGGCCAGAAGUCCCCAUACCCUCCCAAUAGCGCUACGAAGGAGCCCUGCACACUCCUCAGCUGGGACUUUGCCAAAUUGCCCCCUUCAUACGAGGAAGUGGAGACUUGGUGGUCACAGAAGCAGGAAAAGCAACAAGAACAGUCUUUCAAGAAUUCAUUCGAGUCGACUCCAACACAUUUCCUCUCGCAGAUUGAAGGACCGACUCCUGACAAUAAACAUGGCUUCAAGUACUCCCCGAAGGCCAGAUCGGACAACGCGAAGCUCGAGGGGUCCUACAUGAGCACCAUGAGUCUGGAGAUUCACGUCAACACCCGUGGGAAGCUCGUCCCUAACCCUGAAGAGGACGAGGUUCAGUGUAUAUUCUGGUCGUUCAAGUCGGACGACCCUGCCAACAGCUCUCAGGACUAUCUCCAAGCCGGACAGUCUGGCGUGGUCGUUCUCAGUGAGGACGGCGUCCUAGCACGACGCAUGCAGAAGCUAGACUUGGGGGAAGUGCAUGGCGAGACGUCCGAGCUUGAUGUCUUUGUCCGGAUGGUGGAGAUUGUCCGUUUUCACGACCCGGAUGUACUCACUGGCUUCGAGGUCCAUGCGAGCUCUUGGGGGUUCCUGAUCGAGAGAGCCCGGCUCAUGUAUGACUUCAACCUGUGCGACCAGUUCUCUCGCAUGAAGUGCGAUUCCCAUGGGAGGUUUGGCAAGGAGAGCGAUCGCUGGGGCUUCAACACCACCUCGACCAUCCGCGUUACCGGAAGACACAUGAUCAACAUCUGGCGGGCAAUGCGGGGGGAGCUCAACCUUUUGCAGUAUACCAUGGAGAACAUCGCGUGGCACCUGCUGCACCGUCGAGUGCCCCAUUACCCCUGGGAGGUCCUGACCAGGUGGUACCGCAGCCACAACAUCGCUCAGGUAAUUCGGGUGUUGAGGUACUAUCAGGCACGCACCAGGACUGACCUGGACAUCCUGGAGGCCAACGAGCUCGUCUCGAGAACCAGCGAGCAGGCCAGGGUCCUCGGCGUGGACUUCUUCUCCGUCUUCUCACGCGGCUCGCAGUUCAAGGUCGAGUCCAUCAUGUUCCGGAUCGCCAAGCCGGAGAACUUCAUGCUCGUCUCGCCGAGCCGCAAGCAGGUCGGCGGCCAGAACGCGCUCGAGUGUCUCCCGCUGGUCAUGGAGCCGCAGAGCGCCUUCUACAACAGCCCUCUGCUUGUUCUCGACUUCCAGAGUCUGUACCCCAGCGUCAUGAUCGCCUACAACUACUGCUACUCGACCUUCCUCGGACGCGUGACAGACUGGCGAGGGAUGAAUAAGAUGGGAUUCACGGAGUACAGACGGGAGCAGGGUCUGCUUGGGCUCCUGGAAGACGACAUCAACAUCUCGCCCAACGGCAUGAUGUACGUCAAGCCUGAGAUUCGCAAGUCGCUCCUGGCCAAGAUGCUUAAGGAGAUUCUCGAGACCAGAGUCAUGGUGAAGAGCAGCAUGAAGAAGGACAAGGAGGACAAGGCGCUGCAGCGUCUGCUGAACAAUCGUCAACUUGCGUUGAAGCUCCUUGCGAACGUCACCUACGGCUACACGUCAGCGUCGUUCUCAGGCAGGAUGCCGUGUUCCGAAAUUGCGGAUAGCAUAGUUCAAACUGGGCGCGAGACUCUCGAAAGGGCAGUCGCUCACAUACACUCUAUUGAGAAAUGGGCUGCACAUGUUGUGUACGGCGACACCGACAGCAUAUUCGUCUACCUCCCCGGCCGAUCCAAGGACGAGGCGUUUGACAUUGGUAACGAGAUUGCCGAUGCUAUCACUAAUAUGAACCCGCGCCCUAUCAAGCUCAAGUUCGAGAAGGUUUACCUCCCCUGCGUGCUCCUGGCCAAGAAGCGCUACGUUGGCUACAAGUACGAGAGCCGGGACCAAGUCAAGCCCGACUUUGACGCGAAGGGCAUCGAGACAGUCCGUCGCGACGGCACGCCCGCCGAGCAGAAGAUCGAGGAGAAGGCGCUUCGGAUGCUGUUUGAGUCGGCAGAUCUGAGCCGCAUCAAGUCGUACUUCCGCGAGCAGUGCCGCAAAAUCAUCCGCGGCCACGUCUCUAUCCAGGAUUUCUGCUUCGCCAAGGAGGUGCGCCUCGGGACGUAUUCGGAGAAAGGAACGGCGCCCGCUGGUGCUUUGAUUAGCUCGAAACGCAUGCUCGCCGAUGCCCGUGCUGAACCGCAGUAUGGUGAGAGAGUCCCCUAUGUUGUUGUCAGCGGUGCGCCGGGUGCUCGGCUCGUGGACCGGAGCGUUGCGCCGGAGGACCUGCUCGCGAACCCGCACUGGCGGCUGGACGCGCAGUACUACAUCACCAAGAACAUCAUCCCGCCGCUGGAGCGCAUCUUCAACCUGGUCGGGGCGAGCGUGCGGCAGUGGUACGACGAGAUGCCCAAGGUCAAGCACCACAACAGCCACAUGUUCGCGGCGCAGCGCGGGGGCCGCAAGACGACGCUCGAGGCGUACUUCCAGUCGAUGCACUGCGUGGUGUGCUCGCGCAAGUUCAAGAACUACCAGAACAGCACGGUGUGCCGGCGGUGCAUGGGGAAGAGGAGGGCGCCGGUGGCAUUGUACGCGCUGCAGACGAGGCUGGCGCACGAGGAGAAGCGGUACCGUGAGGUCAUGACGCAGUGCCGGCAGUGCGAGGGGGGCCGGGGCGUGCUGGGGGACGUGCAGUGCGACAGCAAGGACUGCCCGGUGUUUUGGAGCCGGGUGAAGCAGGUCGGGCGGCUGGAGUCGAUGCGGGCGUGCACGGAGCCGGCGAUGCAGAGCCUGAUCCACGGGAUCGAGCGACGGGCGUUGGAGUGGUAA